UCUCAGUUGCUGCUGUCAAUCAUCACUUUGCUAGAACAAUUCUUGUUUUAGAAUAUCUUUGUAAGGCUAUAAACAAAAUGUUCUCUCAGACCAUUCGUCGUGCUGCGGCCCAGACUGCUGGUGCCUACCGCUCUCCCUUUGCUCCCAAGUACACCACUCCUCUCAACUACCACGGUCUGACAGCUGGCGCUGCCACCAGAUAUGCUCAGAUUGCCGCCACUUUCGGCGUCAGCGCUGGUAUCUUCGCCCUCUUCUUCUUCGGUGAAGUGCCCCGUGUCCGCAACGAUGUCCUGCGUCAAUUUCCCUUCUUCGAUCAGUACUUCGACCGCUCCAUCGCCCCCGAGGACAACCCCUUCUAAAUUUCCUCACGAAGUACGAUCCAUCCACCCUAUCCUACUCGCAAGGGAUUUCUCAUGCUUUGCGCAUACACUCCCUAUCAGCUAUAUAGUGGAGGAAGGAGUCGGUUCUGGACUGUGUAGAAUAGCGAUGAAUUGUGACAGCACAUAGACACGCCUCCUUAAUUAUUAUCACUUCCGUUGGCUCUUUUGGGUAGAUAUUAGUUCCCGACGGGGCAAGGGUGGUGAAAGCAAUCAUUCUUGCUAGCCACUUAUAUCACACUCACUAUAUAUCCUUGCAGGAUUUAGGUAGUAGGUGAUACACAGUCAGAACCGUUGUUAGGGUUACCCAUAAGGGCAAGUCCAACCUAUGAUUACGAUGUACAACAAUUACAACAGAUAUCGCGUCGAAUAAGAAUGGUUCCGGUUCCUUUAUCUUGAUGCUUAUCAGACCUUGAACAUUCGCCGAAACGCC